UAUUACGUAAACACAUCAUGUGGAACAUGACAAGCACGUUGACAAAAGUAAAGAACAGAAUCUAAACCGGUUUUUAAUGCAAAGUUUCGGACAUGACUUGGAAAGAUGAAUAUUGCUUAUUAGCAUUUGUAAUUAUUUUAUUCGUAUCAAAUGCAAAAAGUCAAAGAUCACACCAGAUAAGCAUACGACCAGGAGCCAUUCACAUACCUUCCAUUAAUUCCAGACAGAGGAAUAUCAUCAGCCCGAACGAUCUCAGAAAUAGUAAUGGCGGCAGAACCAGAUUCACGGGUACAGAUUUACAGAGUGCCCUCAUAAGAAAUAGACCUUUUAAUGGAAAUAAUGGUUUAUCUAGAACCAUUUCGACUGUAUCCGACCCUGCUUUCAGCAAUGCACGAAGGACAGAAACACAACAGCCUAGGACGACAUUAGAUGACGUACUUAAUUCUCGAAUCACAGAACAAGCUUCCCAACAACGCCGGUCACGUGAUCGAGUGCGACAAAGAACUUCAUCAAAUUCCGGAACGACUAUUUCGAGGAUAAGGAGAAAACUUCUUGUCGAUUUGCGUACAACGUUUCGUUAUAUACUAAGAACAGGACAACUUCCCCGAGGUGUAGCUUUUAACAUGGAGUCUGGUAGACCACAACUUGUACAAAUAAGCCCUGGGUCGAUGGCAGUCAAUCCAUUCUCUUCCACACAAGUACGUAGAUACCUACGAUCAAUAGAUCGAUCAUUAAACGGUCAGGAAAAUUCACCAACAGAUAGAGCAACGGGUCAAUCAAAUCAAGCUGAUAGUACUUCGAGGAUAGGCGGUUCUUCAAUAAAUACAAGACAAAAUAAUGUUGAGAGUCUCAGGGAUAUAACAUCAGACUUAGCAUCCACUUCAGGUACGAAUCGUAGAUCAGUAGAUCAUCUUACUACAUCUUCCCGCCAAGGGCUUCAUUCGUCUAGAACAGCUUCACAGAAUAUCAACUUUUUGACCUCAAGAUCUAGACCUAAUUCGCAGAACACUGAAAUAGUUAGCGAACCGAGAACAACACACAUUCAGUCUCAAAGCAUACUUCCAGGGAUUCCUGUACAAAUGCCAGGAGAUGGGCAAAGUUGGUCAACUACUUUAUUUCGAGCUAAACUGUUUAAUGAGCCAGACAACACAAUUCAAACAACAGGAAUAGAGAUACCAAAUCAAUUUACCCGGAAAAGAACUGACAGGAGACAAUCGGAACGCCAGGUUCAACAACAGAACACUAGAACAAGAACUGAACAAAGACAACCAGAACGACAUGUACAACAGAACACUAGGACUAGAACUGAACAUAUACAACCACAACGAUCCGUGCAACAGAACACUAGAACAAUAAUUGAACAUAGACAACCAGAACGACAUGUACACCAGAACACUAGAACAAUAACUGAACAUAGACAACCAGAACAACAUGUACAACAGAACACCAGAACAAUAACUGAACAAGGACAACCAGAACAACAUGUACACCAGAACACUAGAACAAUAACUCAACAUAGACAACCAGAACGGUUCGUACAACAGAACACUAGAACAAGAACUGAACAAAGACAACCAGAACGAUCCGUACAACAGAACACUAGAACAAGACCUGAACAUAGACAACCAGAACGAUUCGUACAACAGAACACUAGAACAAUAACUGAACAUAGAAAACCAGAACGAAAUGAACAACAACUGAACACUAGAUCAAGAGCACAUGUUUCAACUGUUUUCGAACAACCGACCGCUGAUCCGGAUUUAAAGGUUUUACUUCAAAAGAUAGAAAGAGAAAAGGCAUUGUUAACUGAUCUGAAACGACAAGAAGAGAAAGUAAGAAACAACAUAAAUUCUUUAAAUAAUCAACAAACAUCGUCAUCAAAGUUAUUAGAAGAUAUUGCACUCUUACAAAAUAUGUUAACUCAAGCAGAAUCGAAAUCUCCUGCUAUUAGUGCACAUUCAAAACCCACUUUUAACCAACAAUCAAGUGCGAAUCUUCAACCCCCGCAAAUCAAUCCACAUGUUAGUCUGGAACAACAACUUAUACAGCAAACAGGGAUAUCACAGCCUUCAAAUAUCAAUCAAAAUCCAAACAUAUUACCAGCCGUUUUGAAUCAAAACAUGGCACGAAAUAGUAUUCAAGAACAACAUGUAGUGAAUGCACCAGUUCAACAAACCGGAAGUAAUUUAGCAUCAUUGAAUUCUUUGACAGGACAACCCAUUUAUAUGAAUGCUGUACCCUUACAACAUACGUUACCAAUAAAUCAGGCACCUAUGGGUCAAAGUGUUAUGCCAAUCAAUCAGCCCGGACUGGCACCUACAGGUCACAGUAAUAUGCCAGUAAAUCAUCCCGGACACGCACCUGUAGGUCACAAUAUUAUGCCUGUUAAUCAGCCCGGACAGGCACCUCAUGAUCACAGUAUUAUGCCUGUAAAUCAGCCCGGACAGACACAUAUAGGUAGUAGUAUUAUGCCUAUAAAUCAGCCCGAACAGGCACCUAUUGGUCACAGUAUUAUGCCAAUUAAUCAGCCCGGACAGGUAUCUAUUGGCCACAGUAUUAUGCCUGUUAAUCAGCCCGGACAGGCACUUAUUGGUCACAGUAUUACGCCUGUCAAUCAGCCCGGACAGGCACAUAUGGAUCACAGUACUAUGCCUGUAAAUCAGCCCGGACAGACACAUAUAGGUAGCAGUAUUAUGCCUAUAAAUCAGCCUGGACAAGCCCAUAUGGAUCACAGUAUUAUGCCGGUUAAUCAGCCCGGACAGGCAUCUAUUGGUCACAAUAUUAUGCCUGUUAAUCAGCCCGGACAGGCACCUAUUGGUCACAGUAUUAUGUCUGUAAAUCAGGUCGGACAGGCACCUAUGACUCACAAUAUUAUACCCAUUAAUCAUCACGGACAGACACAUAUGGGUCACAGUAUCAUGCCUACAAAUCAAUUUGGGACAUCACCUUUCGGGACAUCACCUUUCGGGACAUCACCUUUCGGGUUUAGACUUCCAUCGGAGUUCUUACAGGAAAUGAUGUUUGGAGACACUACUGAUCCUCCAGAUCCAACUGAUCCUCCAACUACGACACCUGUCCCGACAACACUUCCGCCUACAACUGCGCAUGUUUUAACAACUCCCUCGUCAAUGCCUCCAGUAACAAAUCAAUAUCACCAACAAGUAAACAAUGCCGCUACGUUAAAUGAUAUUUUAUCCACACUCCAGAAUUCUGCAGUAAAAGGAGGCUUCAAAUUAUUAUUCAAACUUCCAGGUUCUAAUUCUAGCAUACCAAUAGAGGUACUUAAUUCAAAAAGCACAUCUUCGACGAAAGACACCAACCCAACGGUUCAACUUUCAACAACGAGUAAUGAUAACUUACUUCCUAUACACCUUUCUAGCAACGUUCAAACUGCUACAAUGAGUCCCGAUGAGUUACUUCAUAAACAUCUUUCUGGUAACGUACAAACUGUUGUAAUGAGUCCCGAUGAGUUACUUCAUAAACAUCUUUCUGGCCAGGAACAACCUUCUACAAUUGUACAAAAUGGCUUUUUACCAGACAUUCCAAUGCAAGCUGUGCCUGUGUUAUCACAUGAAGUGAAAACUUUGCAAAAUGACAACCGCAAGACAUUGUAUACCGACCAAUUACUUCCGGUACAGCCAACAACACAACUGUCACAGGAAGUAAACUCGCAUCAGAAUUUACAGCGACAACCUUCGUCUUUUAAUCAACAGACAAUUCAAAGUACUUACGUUAAUACAACCCCGAAAGUCAAUCAGUUGGAUGCUAAUAAAACACCCAUUAAAUCGGAUUCACAGGUAAACAAAAAUAACGCGAUUCAAAUGGAAAACUUCCCAUCAUUUUAUGAGUUUGACUUAGCAAAAGCCAAAAAUGCCAACACUGUUAAAAUUCCUGCAGGGAAUAAUCUCAUUUUAGAUACUAAGGGAGACCAGAUUUCCCAGAUAAUGAAUACCUUAAAUCAACAUGGAGUAAUAUCACAGUCUCUUAAAACAAAUCUAGAUUUAUCGAAAGUCAUCAUUCAACAGAAACUUCCCCCAACAACAACUCCUAGUUACAUAAUAAAUAUGAUACCGUACAAUACGCAUGCGUCAUUGCCUGCUGUUCAACCAAUGACAAUGAAUAACAAUCCAAACAUGAACAGUAAUGCUAAUUUCCAAAACUCUGAAAUUAACCCUGUAAGGAUAGGGCCGAAAUCGAAUCCUUAUAUAGAGGCAAACCCGCUUAAUGACAGACUUCACCGAAUUGAGCACAUGAUGAACAAAUUAUUAAUGACUACAACUUUACCGCCACCUAUUCCGACCUUCAUAGAACCUGAUGAAUUAGAAGGCGAAGAAUUACCCAUUCAAACUACACCAAUGCCGAUGACCACCACGCAAUUUUUUAGAAAUUCAAGAUGGCAAUACAACAAUCAACCUCAUCAUGGUCAACAUCCUUAUCACAAUGCACAUCCGAAUCAACAACAGAUGCCAAAUACAGAAUAUCGACAACAAUUAUCGAAUCAAUUCAGUCAUAAUUUUGGUCAAAACCGAAACAACCAGCAAUUUCAAAAUCCACGUACUAAUCAAAAUAAUGCAUUUUCUUAUCAAAAUCAUAAUCAACAGAAUCAAGACCCAAAUUAUCGGCCAAACGAUUUUAACGCGGAUAAACCGCCAGUGUUCAGCAACCCACACAUUCAACAUCAACAUAAUCAGCAUCACCAGAACCCAAGUAAUCAACCACACGUGUCAAAUAAUCAACAUGGACAUAGUCAUUCAAAUACACAAUCUCUUGAAACGAGUGCAUCCAGUCAAUCACAAUCAACCAGCACAAUAAACACAACACAUGAAUGUAAUCCUCAGCUUCCUAAUUUUGGAUGUGAGGGCGUUGCAAUGUUUACAUCAAUGAAAUCGAUUGGGGCAUGGUGUGUCAGCAAGUGUGUACAAGGGCAAUGUGUGGAAUCCGUAUGCAAGUGUGGAUGUUAUAUAAAUAAUCAAACAAAUAUCAAGAUCAAUGAAAUCGGAAAUGAAAUUGCAUCUGCAUUCUCUGGGAACUCUGGAAAUUCUUCUAACGCAAAUAAAGCAUUGGUAGACCUAUACGCCUCAUUAAAUAAAGAUGCUUCUAGUCAUGGAUAUGCCGUUUCUCCAGUAGAAAAGCAAACAAACACGCCCAUUACAACAACGACUGCACCUUCUGACGUAAAGUCACUGAUAAUGUCAAUCGAAAAGCUAAUAGAAUCAAAACUGUCUCAUAUAGGACAAUCGAACACUAACCACGAUAGCAGCGGUAACGAACAAAACCCAAAUAUAAAGGAAAAAUCCUUUGAUCCACGGAAACCAGUAGUGUCAAGAUCAGAUACAACAAACAAUAUUCACAAAUCGCAGGCAUCACAUACCGGUGAUUGGAGGACGUCGCAAAUGUCAAACAAUCCCCCAAACAACCAAUGGAAUCGCCAUUUAAUGCAUCAAUCACAGUCACUAGGAUGGAAUCAACGUCCAGAUGUUGGAUUCGAAAGGCGACGCGCAGAUAACUGGCAUGCGCAGUCAAAUAGAAACAGUGAUCAUAAUAACUGGAACAAUCCCUCAAACAAUAAUAAUCCACAAAGCUGGCAACAUCAUCAACGACAAGACCCAACACCUCAAAAUAGUCACUGGGGGAAUAGUGGGCAUCGACAAAACGGUCCAACUUCCCCCGGAAACUGGCAUGAUUCACGGCAUUCUAGAAAUAGUGGUUGGCAACCACCGACAACUCAGGGAACUUGGAGUUUUCAGGGAAGACGACACUGGCAAUCUAAUCCUUUACCAGAACAAGGAGGCAAGAGAAAAGAAAAAAAGAAAGGAGGAGGAGAGGAAGAAGAGCAGUAGACAUAUAAACAAAAUAUUGUUUUAAAAUAAAAGACGUACAAUCGUUGGACUAGAACGCCUGCACUGCAGUUAUCACGUUGAAUAGGUCAACCGUGGUUAACUGUAUUGACAUUUUUGUAUUUAACAACAUGUUCGUUUGUAUGCUUAUAACUGAUGGCCAAAUUUUUGAUAAUUGUGUUAUUAUAACGUAAUGCAAAAAGCUUUCACUCAAAUCUGUGAUACUAUAUGAUGUCUCAAAUAGGUGCGUACACUUGUCAAAUAAUUCUGCCUCAUUUCAUUUUUAUCGACAUUUUCAUUAACCACAAUACAAUGACAAUUUAGUCAAGAGAUGGUAGAAACACAAUUUUGAAUCUCCUUUUUCAAUUUUUGUUUUUAUUAGUUAAUAUUAUAACACUUGAUUUGAAUACAAUUAUGAUCAUUGUCAACAUGUUAAUUCUCAUUUUUUUUUUCUCUAAAUUAGAAAUAAGAGAAAUAAGAAGGGGGGAACGAACAUCUUCAAAAUGUGUACACUGUUAAAAUCUAGUAAAAUUUCGACAUCUAUUUUAAAAUUUAAAUUUACUAGAUUGAUUUUUUUUUAUUUCUUGAAAUUAACAUUUCAAGGGGAUGAAUAAGAUUAGUGUUUAAACAUGUGGAAAAUAAAUAGAACAUAAUUGAAAGCGUCAGAGGUUGCAGGUGGCGUAAAAGUAUAAGUUGAAAGUAUAAAAAUGGCGUCUUUUAGGACCAGUGGUUCUUUAAGGUUGUGUAUAACGUUGUGUUUGAUUCCAAUAACAUCAUGACAUGCUAAUACAAUGGGCCUAACCAAUACUCAGCUCUGUCCAAUGAUGUAGGUCUUACAUUUAACAAAAACACAUAUUUAACGCCAAAUACUUUAUUUAUUUAUAAUGUUUAAAACAUUUACUUUUCUGUACAAAUAUAUUGAAGGAGCUUUAAAAAGAAUGCCAUAAAAACCAAAGAUUUUGCUUGGAUAUG